AUAGUAGCAUUUACAAUGCCUCAUUUGAAAGCCGAUGAGCUACCGGAGAAUCCGCGAGAACGUAUCAAUCCAUUGUCGGAGCUCAUGUUCUGCUUUGUCUUUCCCGUUCUGUUCAAGGGCCACAAAAAGACACUGGAACAAUCAGAUUUAUAUCGGCCACUGAAAGAGCACAAAUCGGAUGCACUUGGAGAUCGCUUGUGCGCCGCCUGGGAUGAGGAACUACUUCAGAGAUCAGCUCAAGGGAAACCACCUCGCUUGGGGCGCGUUGUGGCGCGCACCUUCGGCUGGCAUCUAUUUGUGACUGGUGUGCUAUUGGGCUCCAAAGAAUUGCUAACCAAGGUUACCCAGCCCAUUUGCCUCUUUGGUGUUAUGGCCUACUUCUCGGGCGAGGAUCCGGAUCCAAUUAAGGGCCAGUUGUACGCGGUGGCCCUUAUAGCAACUUCUGUGUUUUCCGUGGUCACAGGUCAUCCCUGUAUGCUGGGCAUCAUGCAUCUGGGCAUGAAAAUGCGCGUAGCUCUCUGCAGCCUGGUCUAUCGGAAGGCAUUGCGUUUGAGUCAUACAGCUUUGGGGAAUACAUCGAUAGGUCAGGUGGUGAAUCUGCUGUCCAACGAUGUGGGACGCUUCGAUUCUGUCCUAUCCAAUAUACAUUAUUUAUGGCUAGGCCCGCUGGAAUUGGUUAUAGUAACCUAUUUAAUGUAUGAAAAGAUUAACGUCGCCUGCUUCUUUGGCGUGACUCUGAUGCUGCUUUUUAUGCCCCUACAGUCUUACCUGGCGCGAAGGACAUCAACGUUGCGCCUGCUCACGGCCCUGCGAACGGACGAGCGCGUCCGAAUGAUGAACGAGAUCAUAUCGGGCAUCCAAGUAAUUAAGAUGUAUGCCUGGGAAAAGCCUUUUGGCAAACUUGUGGAGCUUACGCGUUCCAAUGAGAUGAUCUGCAUCAAGAAAGUCAACUAUAUACGUGGUAUUCUCAUCGCUUUUGGCAUGUGCCUAUCCCGUACCUUUGCCUUUGUCAGCCUGGUGGGUUUCGUGCUGCUAGGAAACAUUUUGACUGCCGGCGAGGCCUUCUUCAUCACCGCCUACUACAGCCUACUGCAACGGGCAGUAACAAGUUUCUUUCCGAUGAGCAUUUCUCAAUUAAUGGAGCUUCAAGUAAGCAUCAAACGUCUCGAGACCUUUAUGAAUCGGGAGGAAAGGCAGCUCAAGGAUAGCGAGACCGAUAAAGACAAGUUCGUGCUUAACGGAGAUGUGAUACGAAACAAAAACAGUGAAGAAUCCCUUGUUGAAUUCAGUCAAUUCAAUGCCAAGUGGGACACCAACGCCACAGAGAACACCCUGGAGAAUAUCAAUCUGAAAUUGGGUCGCCGACAGCUAGUCGCGGUGAUUGGACCCGUCGGCUCAGGCAAAUCCAGUUUAAUACAAUCCAUUCUCGGUGAGCUGCCCUGUGAAAAAGGCAGCCUUAAAGUCAAUGGCAAAUUCUCAUAUGCCGCUCAAGAACCUUGGCUCUUCACUGGAACUGUUCGUGAAAACAUAUUGUUUGGAUUAACCCUGGACAAGCAUCGCUAUCGCACAGUGGUUAAGAAAUGUGCACUAGAAAAUGACUUGGAACUUCUUCCUCAAGGAGAUAAGACGAUCGUGGGCGAAAGGGGAGCUUCUCUUUCCGGCGGACAGAAAGCGCGCAUUAGCCUGGCAAGAGCUGUGUAUCGUAGGGCGGACAUUUACCUGCUGGAUGAUCCACUCAGUGCUGUGGAUACGCACGUGGGUCGUCAUCUGUUUGACCAGUGCAUGAGAGGGUAUCUAAGGAGCGAGCUGGUCAUAUUGGUUACACAUCAACUUCAAUUUCUUGAGCUCGCGGAUCUCAUUGUAAUAAUAAAUAAAGGGCAAAUCAGUGCAAUGGGAACCUAUACAACGAUGCAGCGCAGUGGCCUGGAUUUUGCACAGCUCUUAGCCAGUCCCAACAAGGCCAUUGGGGAGUUCGAUGAAAACGCUGGUGACUCCUUGGAUAAGAAAUUUAACCGACAGACAUCACAGACAGACAGUAUAAAUUCAGUAAGCUCACUGACCGAGUCUAUUGCUCCAGAGGAGCCUACGGCUUGCCAGGAAACUCGGGUGGAAGGCAAAAUCGGCUUGGGUCUCUAUAGGGAGUACUUCACAGCAGGAAGUGGUUGGUUCCUCAUAAGUCUUCUGGUAUUUCUUUGCUUGGGUACACAAAUUGUGGGUUCCUCAGCUGAUGUUUUUCUCUCCUAUUGGGUUGACAAGAACAAAAACGCCGCAGACAGAGACUCGGAUUCCCUCGAUAUUUACUACUUCACCGCCCUUAACAUAGCCGUCAUAGUAUUCACCCUCGUCCGGACUAUGCUCUUCUAUAUCCUGGCCAUGCGCAGCUCCACAAAGCUCCAUAACGCCAUGUUUCGUGGCAUUACCAGAGCGGCAAUGUACUUCUUUAACACAAACCCUUCCGGUCGGAUAUUAAAUCGGUUCUCAAAGGAUCUGGGGCAGAUAGAUGAGAUCCUGCCCACCGUCAUGCUGGACGUGAUUGAGAUCUUUCUGUCACUAACGGGCAUUAUUGUUGUUAUCUGUAUAACUAAUCCUUAUUAUCUCAUCCUAACUCUUGCUCUGGGGAUCGUUUUCUAUUAUAUUCGAGAGUUUUACCUAAAGACCUCGAGAGAUGUUAAGCGAUUGGAGGCAGUUGCCAGAUCUCCGAUCUAUUCCCACCUCAGUGCUUCUCUCAAUGGACUCCCUACGAUUAGAGCCAUGGAAGCUCAGAAGGCGCUUAUUGCCGAGUUCGAUAACCUGCAGGAUCUGCACAGCUCCGGCUACUACACUUUCCUGUCUACAAAUCGUGCAUUUGGCUACUACCUGGACUGCUUUUGCACAUUGUACAUUGUGAUAAUUAUACUCAACUACUUCAUCAACCCACCCGAAAACUCUGGUGAGGUGGGAUUAGCAAUUACGCAAGCCAUGGGCAUGACUGGAAUGGUACAGUGGGGCAUGCGACAAUCUGCGGAGCUGGAGAACACCAUGACAGCGGUGGAACGUGUCGUGGAGUACGAUGAGAUCGAGCCUGAAGGCGAAUAUGAGUCCCAACCAAGCAAAAAGCCACCAAUCACAUGGCCAGAGCAGGGCAAAAUUGUGGCUGACGAUCUCAGUCUUCGGUAUUUCCCCGAUCCACAGUCCAAAUAUGUGCUCAAGUCUCUCAACUUCGAGAUUAAGCCCAUGGAAAAGGUGGGCAUUGUGGGUCGCACCGGUGCAGGCAAGUCCUCGCUCAUCAACGCCCUCUUCCGCCUCUCCUACAAUGAUGGCUCCAUCAUCAUCGACAGUCGUGACACCAGCGAACUGGGACUUCACGACCUGCGCAGCAAAAUCUCGAUCAUACCCCAGGAACCGGUGCUCUUCUCGGGUAGCAUGCGCUAUAAUCUGGAUCCAUUCGAGGAAUACAGUGAUGCCAAGCUAUGGGAUGCACUGGAGGAGGUCAAGCUGAAGCCUGUCAUCAGCGAGCUACCAAGUGGACUUCAGAGCAAGAUUUCAGAGGGCGGCACCAACUUUAGUGUGGGUCAGAGACAGUUGGUGUGCCUGGCACGUGCUAUUCUUCGCGAGAAUCGUAUCUUGGUGAUGGACGAGGCCACAGCCAAUGUGGAUCCACAGACAGAUGCGCUCAUCCAGGCGACAAUAAGGAAUAAGUUCAGGGAGUGCACAGUGCUGACAAUAGCCCAUCGGCUGAACACGAUUAUGGACUCAGACAAGGUUAUAGUCAUGGAUGCUGGCCAGCUGGUGGAAUUUGGCUCACCCUAUGAACUGCUGACAGAAUGCGAGUCGAAGAUCUUUCAUAGUAUGGUCAUGGAGACGGGUCAGAGCAGCUUCGAUAGUCUGCUAAAAGUAGCGGAAACGACUCAUUUGGAAUCACAGAAAAUAAAAGCUGCCUAGAAGGAAUUGUUUUAUUGAUUAGAAAAGAUAUUUAAGUGAAUGCUUUUGAUAUUUUAAAUAUUAUAUGUACAAACUAUUAAAUAGUACUGAAUUGAAACUUCCUUAAUAA